AAGGGCAUAGUUUCCAUAAUUUCAGGCAUUAAAUAGAUAAAGAAAUUAAGUGUACUUAUCAUACCAUAUCAUUUACUCCCUCCGUUCCAUAUUGAUUACCAUAUAACUUUUUCACCAAGACAAAAAAAAGUAUUAACUUUCCUAUAUUUCAUUUAAUGUGAGUAUGUGGUAGGGAAAAAUCAAGAAACAUGCACACUUUAACUCCUCUUAGGCCCCAUACAUAAGAGCAGGUCCAAUUAUAAACACAUUUCGAUGAGAUAAAACAGAAGAGAGAAGAGCAGUGGGCUAUAGAUUUGUAGCCAGCUGUAGCACAGACUCCAAGAUACAUGUAUGUAUGACAGGUGCGACCAAGUAUAAAUUGUGUAGUGAUGUUUAUAGGAGUAUAUGAAUUUCCUACUAAAUUGACUAUAGAUGAUUUGAAGUCAGUGGUUGACUAUACUAUUAAACUUGCUCUAAGAAACGAUAGCUUUACUACCUCGAAUUCCUACAUACAUGCAUGCAUACUCAAUUUUCAUGCUUAAAUGCAAUAAUAUUACACGUCAAACGAAGGGGCUAUGAUAACAUGAUGAUCAAUUUAAAAAAUUCAAUUUGUGUUAAAUGAUGAUCAAUAUGAAACGGAUGGAGUAUUUCAUAGGCAAAGCCGCGUCUAUUUUUUAGUUCUUUCUUUCCCAUGGUGCUUCUUUUUUUCAAGACAUUUCUCUUUCUCUAUAUUCUUUUAGAUAUCUCAUCCCAGCCAAUUCUGCAUUCCUAUGAGCACGUACACCAAGCUCGAACUGGGAAAAUACUAAUGGUUGGUUGAUCUGGUAAUAGAAUAGUUUGGUGUACUUCUGUUUGGUGAUGACUUGAGCAGAUAAGCAAAGGAUACUUGUCCAUCCUUCCAAAAAUCCACUGCUGCCUGUGCACCUGCUUCGCAUGGUUGAGCAAGUUAUCUCCAAUUCAGAGGUUUGCAAGGCUGCAAGCAUAAGAAACUUCUAUUUUAACAUAAAUCAAAAUUUAAACAUGAUAAGAGGUCAUCAAUAGAACAAUAAAGUAAUACAUCAAGCAAUUUUCUGAAUAAACUAUAGAGCAAAAGUAUACCUGCAACUGCAGCUUCUUCAUAAAGCAAGGUACUAGUACCACUCCUUCACAGCUUGAGCCAGAAGGGCCCUUGUCAGGUAUUCAGAUUUCAGGUGUAGUGAAUUACUUGCAAGAAACAUGGCUGGUCAUUAUAAAGAGUGUUCAUGAAUUCUAGGCAUGCCAUGGCAGGAAACAAUAGCCUUCUUGCCAUGGACUCCAAGCUCUCCAUGCUCUUCUUGUUGCUAGGCUUUGUGGCAUGUUCUGCCACUGCUAGUCACCAUGAUCCUUCCGUUGUCGGAUACUCGCAGGAGGAUCUUGCAUUGCCAAAUAAGCUUGUUGGUCUCUUCACAUCAUGGUCAGUAAAACAUAGCAAGAUCUAUGCAAGCCCAAAGGAGAAGGUCAAGAGGUAUGAGAUCUUCAAGCGAAACCUGAGGCACAUUGUGGAGACGAACAGGAGAAAUGGCAGCUAUUGGCUCGGCUUAAAUCAUUUUGCUGACAUUGCACAUGAAGAAUUCAAGGCCAGUUACCUGGGACUGAAGCCAGGGUUAGCAAGAAGGGAUGCUCAGCCACAUGGUUCAACAACAUUCAGGUACGCGAACGCCGUUAACUUGCCCUGGGCAGUGGACUGGAGGAAGAAGGGAGCAGUGACACCGGUCAAGAACCAAGGAGAAUGUGGAAGUUGCUGGGCUUUUUCAACGGUGGCAGCUGUUGAGGGGAUAAACCAGAUUGUGACCGGCAAGUUGGUAUCACUAUCAGAGCAGGAACUGAUGGACUGCGACAACACCUUCAAUCAUGGCUGUCGAGGUGGGCUGAUGGACUUCGCCUUCGCAUACAUAAUGGGGAACCAGGGGAUCUACACAGAGGAAGACUACCCAUACCUCAUGGAAGAAGGCUACUGCAGAGAAAAGCAGCCUCAUUCCAAAGUCAUCACCAUAACCGGCUACGAGGAUGUCCCGGCGAACAGCGAGACAAGCCUACUGAAGGCACUGGCUCAUCAGCCUGUCAGUGUGGGGAUAGCAGCUGGGAGCAGAGACUUUCAGUUCUACAAAGGGGGGAUCUUUGAUGGGGAAUGUGGCAUUCAACCGGAUCAUGCACUGACGGCCGUGGGCUACGGCUCGUACUACGGCCAGGACUACAUCAUCAUGAAGAACUCGUGGGGCAAGAACUGGGGAGAGCAAGGGUAUUUCAGGAUCAGGAGGGGCACCGGCAAGCCGGAGGGAGUCUGUGACAUAUACAAGAUUGCUUCUUACCCAACCAAAAACGUCACUGGCUGGGGUUCAUAGCUAGUUUUGUAGGCGAUCUUGUAAUCCAUUUGUCUCUGACAAGAAAGAACCGGCCUAAGCAACGCUGUGCAAUUCCUGGAUGCUUCGGAGUGGAGCUCUUAAGCAGCACAGCAAUGGUUUAUUAUAUAAUGACAGCUUGGGUUUUUAAGCAAAAUGGUCCCAUGGUCUAGUGGUCAGGACAUUGGACUCUGAAUCCAGUAACCCGAGUUCAAAUCUCGGUGGGACCUUGAUAUAUUCUUUUA